AUGUCUUCCUUAACGUCAUCAUCUUCUGCCAUCUCCAGUUCUGAAGAAGAUGUGAGCGAAAGGCGUCAGGAAGAAUUGGAGGGUGCGAAUGACCAUAAGGAGGCCGUUGAGUCGCCUGAUAGUGCUGGUGUAAAAGUUGAUGAAAAAGUUAUUGAUGGAGGGGAGGAAAAGAAUGCUGAAAACAAAGAUGAAAAUGAUGACAAGGACUUGGUCAUUGAAUAUACAGUCGAAAUAAACCAGACAGAGGAUAAGUCGAAUGAAAAGGAAGAUGAUUUUGUAUCCUACGAUGUGAAAACCAAAGGAGGUGGAGAAGUGGAGCCCAUCCCAGAGUCAGCCAAAAUAGAGGCUCAUGAAUCUGAGCCCAAAGAGCUCCCAAAAGAGGAAAUGAAAGCUCCUGCUUUGAUGUCAGGGGAAGUUCAACCAUCACCACAGCCUCUUUCAAACGGCGAGGUGGUCGAAGAGGUUCCACGUUCCGUGAAAGAACAGGUUGCUAUUUUCUCAAAUCUUAACCUACAAAAAGCGAGUGAUGCACCGAAGCUUGUCUCAGUGAGUGGUUUUGCAAUCGAUCACAGCAAUCAAAACACCGCUUCAAGUAUUUCUGUACUUCCCGCUUUAUCCACACAAACCCCAAGAGUCGCGACUAUUUACAAAAACGUAUCACCGCAACCGUUCGGGUCAUCUGAGACCAACACAAGUAAGCAGGCUGAUCGACAGCCCACGGUGCAUCCGGUAAGCCAAUGCGAUACCACAAUGGUUGAGCGACCUCAGCAGCUGGAUCGGUCAAACGAUCCUACUCCACAGUCCAAGAAAUUUGGCUUCAAAGCAGUCACCUCGACACCUCCAAUGACUUUCUGUGUCCCCUUCGGGGGUGGUGGUCAAUCUGGUAAGUCUACCGAAUCGCCAGUAAAGGAGGUUUCGCCGUCACAGUACUUAGGACCUGGGGUGAUUUCUCAGACCUCGCGACCCCCCAUGAUGAUCCGCCUGCGUCGUCCUGGUUCUGAGGCGCCAUGGGGCUUUGCGAUAUUUGGUGGCGCCGAUUACGGCUGUCCACCGUUCAUAAGCAGGGUGCGUUCCAGAAACAAGGGCAACUGUCACUUAAGACUGCGAUCACCUCACCGUAUCACUUACACUACGUCUGAACUCACCAUGAGCAGGGAAGAGGACCUGACACUGGACAAGGAGGUGUCCUCCGAUGUCACACUGCAUAGCAUUGCUGCAAAAGCUGGUCUAGAAGUUGGCGACGUUGUUGUGAGCAUCUGUGACGCGCCGGUUCAGGAGAAGGAGCACUCUCGAAUCAAGGCAGAAAUUCUGCGAGCUGGGAAUGAACUGGAUUUCUUAGUCGUCAAGCAGGGGAUUGAUAAGGACGUACUGGCCCAGAGAGCACCUCACCUUCUGCGCACCCCAGCACAAGAGGUGGCCUACACCGGGCAACCACUCAGGGCGGCUGGCACGUGGACGAGUGCUGUCAGCCCCACCCACACCGAUAAGGCUACACGCACGCGCUCCUUCCGACUGCUUGACGAACAUCUCAACGCCAUGAGUGUGCAGCCACCACAAGUGAAAGUAACGGCAUCGCAACCCGCCAGGGUCUUCUCACCUAAUAACCUUAUUAUAUGUCAGACACAAAGUUACCAUCAUGAGAGCACACCUCGGUCCAGCUACGCAACGGGUCGAAACCAACAGACCGUCUACUCACCUAUGCAUUCGCCCAGCAUGAGUCACGGAUUCUACGGGCAGCCCCAGCCACAAAGUGCAUCGGAAAUGAGCACAAAUCGCAGCCACUUCGCUACCCCCGUUGGUUUAUCACAGGGAUCCGAGGCGUGGCGUAACACGAGUCCCACCCGAGGCGGCAAUGACUUUCUCAAUGCGCCGUCCCAUCCGGGCACGAGGUCUUCAUCGGUCAAUCAGCAAAUGACCUACCAAGAGAGUAGAAACGCUCUUGAGCGCUUCAGCAUUGAUGAUCCGAGUCUCAUGACUCAGUACUACGGCACCCAGCAGACCUGUUAUGCUAAAUAUCAACCGCAGUCGCAGCACCACCAGCAAAGGAUGUUGCAUCAGGAAAGCAGUUACCAGAGCAGUAGUGAGUGGAACAGAAUCUCGCCACAGCAAUCUGUACCUACCUCUCGUCUUGUCUAUCGACCUCCAGUACUUAAUUUCGCCACAACUCGGGAGACUAAAGACCAGUUUCGGCAACAUAAUCCCAAGCAACAAUACAACUUUAUUUCAGGUUGGUUUUGA